AUGGUUGUUAUUAUCCUUACAGACCACAAAACCUUGAGCCUGAUGCCUUCUACAAAAAUUGUAUGCGUUGCGGUCGCAUACUUCUUGAACCCGGAUAUCAGAAAUGGCGUUGGACAGGUUUCAAUUUCGGCUUGGACCUCGUAUUAGUUGCUGACUCACGCCUGCUCAGCAUACGCCGACAUCAUCGCAAUGAACAUGAACGUUUACUCAGUCUUCAAACUAAGAGGCAAUUUAUGAUACGCACAUCCGUAACAUCUAUAAAUUCACAGCGGCAGCCCGUAUUUACUCAAAAAACCGAGAUUACCUCACUCAGCUUGGAAAAGAAUCAAGAAGUGACGAUAAUGCUUAUGGACACGAAGCUGGUGCACCCGCUGCUCAUAUCGGUGAAUCUCUUGGUGGUACCACCGACGUCGCAACUAUUUAAGCAUCAUGUGCUCAACAACGAAGAUAUGGCUAAUUCAGCAGUUCCUAUUUCGGAAAUUGGUGCCAACUGCAAUCCUGCUGGUGAUGCAGCAUCUUUGCAACGACCAAGCACACCAAUAAAUGCAACCACUUCGGGCGACCGGAUGAUAACGGCAGCAGAUGAUUCAGCAGUGUGCGUUGUACCACCUUCGCCACCAAAUGCACCAUCAGUGCCAAGACUGCCGCCAACACAUCGAGCUGCUUCUACAACUUCCACUGUGUCAACGGCUUCUUCAGUAGCGUCUGUGGUGUCGGCGGCAUCGUCAUCGGCGUCGGACUUUGUAUAAUAUUUUAACAGAGUCAAGGAGCUUGUUUCCUCAUAAGUUAUGGAUGGAUACGUCUUAUACGUUCCACUAAAAAAAUCGUGUGUUCAUAUUUUGCUUUCGUUUAAGAAUUAUUUUUACACAUAUUUACCAUGAAUUUUGCUAUAUGUACAUACAUAUGUAAAUGUCUACAUAAUAUUGUUCUAAAGACUUUUGAGAAUUUGUAAUUUAAUUAUUAAUUCAUGCUAAAAUUAUGCACAAAAAUCAACAUUUUAUUUAAAAGAAAUUCAUGGAAAAACCUGUCGGCUUAUUAACGCGUUGAAAUCUUAAAAUUCGUUUGCUCCUGUUAUGUAUUUGAUUUUGAAAAAUUUGUUAUAACAUGUAAUUACCGAAUAUUAUGCAAAUGAUUUUUUAAAUUUCUGUAAAUUUAUAACAAUUUCUGCAUUUAGCUUAGAAAGUACAUAAUUAUAUAUCUCGGUUUGAAUAAAUCGAAUUCGUUUCGCUGGAAUUGCACCUAUAGCAAGCGUGGCAAUUCUUACAGAAUUAAAAUAUAUAUAUAUCUAAUGUAAAUAUAUUUAUACUUGAGUCGAAGAAAUUCAUAUGAAUAUAUAAAAUAUAUCUAUAAAAAACCUAUCAAUAUAUGCUAACUCUUUUUCUACUAUUUAACAAGCAAGUUUUAAGCAAGAAAUACAACUGACUUCAAUGCUCAUAUAAAACUUUAGUAUAGACCACACCCUGGGUACCACCUUUCCGAUCAAAAUGAAUAUUCGAAAACGGUCCACGUGGUCUAGAGUUAUCCGGUAAAACACAUUAAAAAAUUCCGAUAAAUUAAUAACCUUCCUUUUUUUUUGAAGUCGGUUAAAAACAUAUACACAUAUGUAUGUACACUUAUGUUAUCGCACAAAUAAUAUAUGAAACAAUCUUUGAAAAUAAUGGAUUAUAAAUGUUAUAAUUUCUGGCUGUAAUAAAAAAUUAGAUUUAAAAUUACAAAGGUCUUCUAAAUACAUGAACAUGUUCUGAUUCAUCGGGAUAUUCACAUUAAGCCUGCGACCAAAAAUCACCGAGCUACAAAAGAACACUCGCUUAAAUGACGAAAUACACGCAAAGCAACAACACAAACUUGGCUAUUUAUCUGAGUUCAGCCUGGUCGGUUAAAAAAUACGCGAACUGAAGGGUAGUGUUGUUAAGUGAAAAAAGUGUUGUAUUGUUAAUUGUUAAUGGGGAAACUGGAGAGGGAAAUUUUUGUUUCCUUAUAUACGUGACUUAUAUUUUAAAUAAGUGUAUAUAUUACGCCAAUACCUCGCAUAAUCACUCAUUUCAAUUGGUUUUUGUAUCUAAAUGCCGUUAAACUAAUCACAUUU